AUGACGUCGGCGAUUUGGUGCCGCUUGCUGACCGUCGUUGUCGUCGCCGUCGUCGUCGUCGUCUCGUUCACAUGGGCUCAGCCGAACUACCUCACCGAACAGGAUUUCAUUAAUGCCGCAAAAUUACCGUCUACCGGUCAACGAAUGAAACCGCUCUACAAUGAUGUUCACUUUCCGAUCAGGAGAGCUAAACGCGGUGGUGGAGUUGGCGUAGCAUCACAAGACGAUAAAUGGCCUAACGGACGAGUUCCCUACGUUCUCUCAGCCGCUUACAAUGAAAAUCAGCGUGCGGUGAUCGCUAGAGCGAUUGCGGGUUAUCAGGCAAAAACCUGCAUCCGAUUUGUGCCGAAAACACCACUCGACCGUGAUUACAUCGUAAUUUCUAAACUUGACGGGUGUUAUGCGGAUUUUUCACGGGUAGGCGGUCGACAACAGGUUUCGUUAGCGGAUGAAUGUAUCGACUACGCGACAAUUAUACAUGAAUUUAUGCAUGUUAUCGGAUUCAUUCAUGAACAUCAACGAGAGGAUCGUGACAGUUAUGUGAAUAUCCUCUACCAGAAUAUUAUUCCAGGCGCUAACUCAGAUUUUGACAAAUUAUCGCAACUGGAUCUUUCGUAUUACGGUGAAGGAUACGAUUAUCUUUCCAUAAUGCACUACGAAAGCAACGAGGGCAGCAAAAAUGGAAGAAAUACAAUCGAAGCAAAGGAUGCUCGAUUCACACCUCUAAUGGGAAAAAGCACCGAUUUCUCAAUGUCGGAUCUUAAACGGGUGAAUCGAGCCUAUUCGUGCUGGGUGAAAUCAAAGAAAUCUGCUGUUAUAUCAUUCGCGCGAAGAGCGAGUAUUGUUCAUUCGCUCACUUUUGACCACUCACACAAGUCGGACAGUUAUAUCCUUCCCCUGUCCAUCAGGAAGCAAAAAAAGCAACUUCAGUUUUUUUUUAAUCGACUAUCCCAAGAAGUUGUACAAAGUAUAUUUCCAAGAAGAAAGGAACUUAAAAGUUUUGCAAUAACAGGAAACAAUAUGACAGAUGCCAAAGAAAACAUCAAAACAAAAACUAUUAAAAAAGACAUCGUAAAUGAAAAGAAAAAAGAAGCUAACGUGUUACCCGUUGGAAGUGAGAACAAAGCCCAAUUACCUUGUAAGCAUCCGAAAGAGUGUACAACGAGUACAUCAAUAUCAACUGCCACUACGAGCGGAGCACUAAAGCCACAAUCAACGGACACCUCACAGAUCACUCCGUCAAAAGCGACUAAUACUUGCACCGCAAAGAGUAUCUCACAAGAGAGUUUGGCAACUUCAAAGCCUGUAUUAUUAAAAGAAGAAGCAAAAACCUCGGAAGAACAACCAACACAAACCAGAGGUUUAUUCGAAUGGGCCUUAUCAGCUUUUAAAAGUAGAUAUUCUUUUCUAAAAACGGCUACACCUAAAUCAUCGCCGUGUAGUCCUCGUCCAAAAUCCCUCGUACUUCAAAAAAAUGUCGUCACACCUUCGAAAAACACUUCAAAAAUUAACGCAACAGUGAGCGCUCCCUGUACUCCUUCAAAACCUAAAACUCCGAGGAAAAACACUGUAGUAAAAACUGGAUCCACACCCUCAAAACCUACUACAAAAAUGAAAACCAAAACGAACACUGCUAUCCUUCCUUCGAAACCCUCUCCGAAACUAAGAGACACGGCGAGCGCUGGUACUGUUACUUCAAAAUCUACUUCGGAAGUAGGAGACACGGUGAACACUGCUGUAUUUCCUGUAAAAUCCACUUCGGAAGUGGGAGAUACGGUGAACACUGCUGUCAUUCCUGUAAAACCCACUCCGGAAGUAAAAGACACAAAUAAAAAGAAACCUAAACACGUCACACAUACGAACAGAAAGUCCAAAUCGAAAUAUAUUAUCGAAAAAGAAGUAUCGGUGGAGCUAAACGAAGGGUCUUCAAAUUCAGGCAGUACAGAAACCGCAAUGGACAUAUCAACUAUAGAUCCAAAGGAAGCGGCCAAAUAUUCCUUCCUAACUAGGAAGAAAAAGACUGCAGCAGCUACAAAUCAAGCACGAUGCGAAGAUUCUGUGAUGACUGGUUGCGUAGAUUCUGACCUAUUUACGUUACAAGAGAAAUCACGAAUGGAUAUGAAGAAACUGGAAGAUUUCUUCUCUAUAACGCCAAAAAAACAGAACGAUACACCAAAAAAAUCACCCGCCAAUGUGUCAUCUGCCACUAAAUCACCACAGGUUUCACAAGUAUCAGGUCGAAAAGCAGACAAAAUCGCCAAAUUGCAUGACACCAACAGGAAAGAGAAGGAGAAAAAGAAGCCAAAAAAGAAUACGACAAAGGUGUUGGCAUCGCUUUUUCAUGGUUCAUCGCAUGAUAAGAAUAGAAAGAAGACCAGAGGAAAAUCGGCAAGUGUGGAGAAGGUUAAACAAUGA